UUGCGACCUUUGUUCUCAUUUGCUAUUUAUAUUUGAAGUUCGUACUUCGAACAUUCCAGUCCCGCCCUAUGCUAUAAAGCUUUAUGAACCACAAAUCACAGAAAUAAAGGAAUCAUCAAAUUUGAAGCGCUUCGAAGUCUGUUAAUAGAGUCAUAGGGAAGGAAGGGGGCAACAUGGCAUCUCUGAGGCGGCUUAUGAAACCAGGCCAGGCAUGGUGGACGAUCAACUCCCUUAAAUCCCUAACCUCUUCGUCUCCUGCAACUCGAAACUCUCUACACCGACAAUACCGUUGGCCUUUUGAAUACUUCAUCCAUCCCAAAACAUCUGAAGGACCACGUUUUAAAUCAACAUGUGAGUUUCAUGGAUUCCUUUCAAUAUUGCCAGCUGUCCUAGUUGGUAUCCUUGGAGUGGGAUUGCAAGAAACUCAUGCUGAUGCCAAUCAGGUGGAUUCUAAAGCUCCUUCAUCCUCACAAGCUCCAUCUACCUAUGCUGAUUCAGAGAAAUUUAUUAAGCAAGAGAGGAGUCGGCUAGAGGAAUUGCUCAGAAGUAAAGGAAUGCAUUAUGGCUCUUAUCCUCCAUUUACUGUUGCUGUGAAAGGAGAAAAGGUCACUGUCAAAUUCCAAAUUCCUCCAACGUGUGAAGUAUCACAUCUAAUUGUGGAUCUUGUGUCACAUUUAGGACUGAAAGCUGAUGAGCAUGGUAGUGGUUCAGAUAUGAUUUUGCGUGCUUGGGACAGUGCAGUUGCAUGGCAGCUAACACUUCGUCAGCCCAAAAAGCAGGAGGUUGGAAGAGAUGGGGGAUUUAUAGAUGCCAAUGAUGAAUGUGGGGGAGAUCUAUGCAUUCUUGUGUUUCAGUCGCUCAUUAGCGCUGACAAUGCGGAAAUUGAAUUCAUCAAGAAGGGGAGUUUUAGUGCAAAGGAACUUGAUGCUUUAGUUUCUGCAUUAAAAUUAGCUGGCGUAAGAGCAGGUGCAAGGAAACCUUUGGAAAGAAGGCCAAGGGGAUAUGUGGAUAAACGGGAGAAAGCAGAUACUGCACAGUUACCUUCUACAGAGAAAUCUAUGGCUACUCUUGAGGCCAUGGGAGUGAGAAUUUUUGGACUUACAGAACCCCUUGCUGGCUCCCCAAAUGAUGGGAUAUCAUGGGACAACAUUGCAGGAUAUGAUGAGCAAAAACGAGAAAUAGAGGAUACCAUACUAUUGGCUCUACAUAGUCCUGAAGUAUAUGAUGACAUUGCCCGUGGUACUAGGUGCAAAUUUGAGACAAACAGGCCUCGAGCUGUACUUUUUGAAGGCCCACCAGGGACAGGGAAGACAUCUUGUGCUCGGGUAAUUGCUAACCAAGCGGGUGUCGCCUUGCUAUAUGUGCCACUUGAGGUUGUUAUGUCAAAAUAUUAUGGUGAAAGUGAACGCUUAUUAGGGACCGUCUUUUCGCUUGCUAAUGGCCUUCCUAAUGGUGCAAUCAUUUUUUUAGAUGAGGUAGAUUCUUUUGCUGCUGCUCGUGAUAAUGAAAUGCAUGAAGCUACACGUAGGAUAUUAUCAGUAUUACUACGACAGAUCGAUGGAUUUGAGCAGGAGAGGAGAGUGGUGGUAAUUGCUGCAACGAAUAGAAAGCAAGACCUUGAUCCUGCUCUGAUAAGUCGGUUUGAUUCCAUGAUUACUUUCGGCCUACCUGAUCAACAUAACCGUGAGGCAAUAGCAGCACAGUAUGCAAAACACCUUAAAAAGUCUGAGUUGAUUGAAUUUGCUUCAGUUACAGAAGAAAUGUCAGGAAGAGACAUCAGGGAUAUUUGCCAACAAGCAGAGAGACAUUGGGCUUCAAAGAUAAUUCGAGGCCAAGUACCAAGUGAUGCACAGCAAGGGCGUCUUCCACCGGUCCAGGAAUACAUUGAGAGUGCAUUGAACCGCCGGAAGGCUUUACUUAGUAUUGCAGAUAAGAAAAGCCAAACCCCCAACCCUCGCUCAAAAAAGAGUCCCUUAGAAUUUCUUUGACAGAGGUGGUACAUAAACAAAUUAUACGAGGUUAAAAAGAUUUGCCAGCAACUGGAGGUCUACAACAAAGGUUGAAAACUUGGAAUACAAGCUUCAUUCAACUGAAGGUAGGAUGGACCCUGGAUCUAGGUUUUCUGGGGGCCAUCAGUUUUGGAUACUCUUUAGAGGUUUGUUUGCAUUGACUAAAAAAAUAAAACAUUGUAGAUAUAUUGACGUAUUCAUUUGAAGUAACCAGUAGAUUAUUCGAUCAAGAAAAUCGUAUAUGACUCAUCUGAAUCUGAGAAAAUCGUAUUGGAUGUCGAAUUUGGCUGUAGAGAUUAUACAGAUUAUACAGGCCUAACCUGUAUAAAUCCUCUCGUUCAAGAUCAUAUUAUGAUCAAUCUAUCUGAUAAUUUUUUUGAUUAUGCAAAUGGUCGAUCUCCUUUAUUUUAAGAUCACCUGUUAUCAUUUAUUUA